CUUAUCUGAGCGGAGUUAGAGGCGGCUUAAUUAAACAUUGUUCCUGGAAUUAACUGCCAGGUGGAUUUGAAUAUUCAAAUUUCUGAAGUGUGUUUGCACAAUUGUUUAAAUGCUGCACAGGAUUAUUUUGCCGCCAACUUGGGAUCCACACACCCACACAGUAGAGUUGGCUGGAAAAAAACGCAAAACCCCCGGUGACAGACACUACGGACGACUGCGACUUCGGGCGACUCUGCGCUCGUCGUUGUCAGCUUUUCAGUUUUUCCGCUUUCAGCUUUUCGUUUUCAGUUUUCCUCAAGCGCUCAACCGAGGCGGUUGUCUAUCGGUUCGCAGGAGCCCCACAAACACCGCAUGGGUCUUCAAUCAACCGAAUCGGAAGCCGUAAACGAAAGCGAAUUGAUCAGCCGCCGGCUUACCUGACCGAUAACGUGCACAAAGUGUUUGUCGCGCAGUUAAAAAUAUCCACAAAUUAUAAUAAUAAUAAGCGAAAAACGAGUAAAAAACGAAAUAAAAUAUCAAACAAUACAAUGAAAGUGAACGAGUGGCCGCCUCUCCUUCAGCUGCAUUUGUAGUGCACUUGUAAAGUAUCCAAUUAAAUAGGACUCGGGGCUCCUCAGACAAGAGUCAUAAAAAAAAAAGAAAAUACCCACCUGGGCAAUAAAAAUAAUAACAGCUUUGUGUCAAUAAAACAAUGCGGAAUGUUUUGAUAUGAAAGCGGAGGAGGACUGUGCAGGAAAGCGAUUGCAUUAACUAAACGGAGCAGCAUUCAAUAAAAUGCCCAGUUCCUGCUGCAGGGAUAUGGAGGGAUAUGGCAGGACUUAGGCCGGAGAUAGACCCACUCGAUAGCGAACUCGAACGGCCGAUCCAUGGCUGUCAACUUGCAGCUGAAUAAUUCAAGCGCCCCCUACCCCUCGCUCAUGUAUGUGGCGGCCUCCUCCCUGCGGGGAUUGGGCCAGGGAUCGGGUCUGCCGGAAAACAUAUCCAUCGUUUACGAUGCGGACGCGGCCAAUGGGACGGGAAGUGCGUUCCCCAAUGGAACCGCUGGCGGUGGGCUGGAUGCAGUGGCUCUCACCGAGCCGGGACCCACGGCCCCAGUGACCACAUUUAAUUACUACAACGAGUCGGCGGCGGCCGCCGAGUGGGCCCACUUCUACGAUCUGGUCCUGUCCUGGCAGGGCAUCAUCCUGAUAGCCGUCUUCGCCACCUUCAUUGUGGUCACCGUCAUCGGCAACACGCUGGUCAUACUGGCCAUCCUGACCACGCGACGCCUCCGCACCAUCACCAACUGCUUUGUGAUGAGCCUGGCGGUGGCCGACCUCCUCGUGGGCAUCUUCGUGAUGCCCCCCGCCGUCGCCGUCCAUCUCAUAGGCUCGUGGCAACUGGGCUGGGUGCUCUGCGACAUUUGGAUCUCCCUCGACGUGCUCCUCUGCACGGCCUCGAUUCUCAGCCUGUGCGCCAUCAGCGUGGACAGAUAUUUGGCCGUGACCAGGCCGCUCACGUACUCCCGUAAACGGCGCUCGAAACGAUUGGCCCUAAUCAUGAUCCUAAUUGUCUGGCUGCUGGCCCUGGCCAUCACCUGUCCGCCCAUCCUGGGAUGGUACGAGCCAGGACGAAGGGACCUGCGGGAGUGCCGGUACAACCAAAACGAGGGCUACGUCAUCUUCUCGGCCAUGGGCUCCUUCUUCAUACCCAUGGCGGUGAUGAUUUAUGUGUAUGCAAGAAUUUCCUGUGUCAUUGCAUCCAGGCACGACAAUAUGACCGACAUAAGUGUUCACAACAAGAAAUUCAAGCGCUACACGGCGGCGGACGUGGAGAACGAGCUGUCGGAGCAGGAGCAGCACAGCUCGGUGGGCCAGCGCCAGAGGCAGGCCACCUCGAGGACCUUCUCCAACCAGACGAUAGCCAAGGAGCUGCACGACAUGAUGCUCAGCGACAGCGACAAUUGCGCAGGAGGAGCAGCGGGAGGAACCAUAACCACUGGUGGCACCACAGGCUCAGCCAACGCCGCCCACUGUCAAUCCCUGCUGGCCCUGCCCUCCUCCGCCGGCGGCGGGGGAGGAGGAGGAGCCUCCUCCUUGGGCUGCCCCAAGAAUGGCUGCUACGAGCUCACACGACCUCACUCGCUGAAGCGCACUUCCACCGCCUCGACGACCAUUACCACAAUGACCAGUGGCAUGGGGCCGGGCAGCAGUCUCCUGGACGCCCAGUGGCAAUCCCAGCCGCCGGGUGGUCAGAUCCAAACCCACUCCCUCAGCCAGCCACCGCGACCGCACAGCUUUCGGCAUUCGCACGGGGAGCGGGAGAGGGACAGGGAGAAGGAGCGACUGAGGAGCCAUCACCAUCAUCAUCCUCAUUACCAUCACCAGGCGAGCGUGACCACCACAUCGACCAGCGGCGGUGGGCAGCAGACCACCAGUGCCAAUAAAUCGCUGUCCAAUCGGAUUACCUCGCUGAAGAAGGAGAACAAGACCACCCAGACGCUGAGCAUUGUGGUGGGCGGCUUCAUCGCCUGCUGGCUGCCCUUCUUCGUCAACUACCUGAUCACCCCGUUCCUGGCCGAGCACCAGGCCAGCCAAAUGCUGGCCAAGGCCCUCACCUGGCUGGGGUGGUUCAACAGCGCCAUCAAUCCCUUCAUCUACGCCUUCUACAGCGUCGACUUCCGGGCGGCCUUCUGGCGCCUCACCUGCAAGCGGUUCUUCAGCGCCGGCCAGAAGCCGCAGUUCCCCACGAACACCAUGUCCAUCAGGCGAUAGGGCAGCCUUAUCCCACAUCCCAUCACCCAUCACCCAUCAGAAAACAACCCUCUCAACACAAGCCCUGAACAAAUUGCCCUCGCAUAACA